GAUGAAAAAAUGGCUGGUGAGCGACAAGAGUGAGAUGUCGAUAAAAGUGAUGAUAGAUUAAGAACAAUAACGUUAGUGAGUGAAUGGCUAACUGGCAGUCUGUGUGUGUCUGGCUGGCUGGCUGACUGACGCAGACAAGCAAGCAGGCAGGACCCAGCCGGGAGUCGGGACAUCUCAGUGGUGUUGCAGUAGUGGUGGAGGAUAGAUAGUGGCACCAGAAACUAACUUUCAAGAGACUUGAAAGGUACUACAUACCCACUGCCACCACUACUGCAGUACAAAAAAUUUAUUGGUUUCCCGACAUAAAGGCAGUGGGCUACUACUGCUGGAAGUACUUGACAGUACUUCCCUCUCCACUAUAGCCUGCACUGCUUUCCUCUCCCUGAGUUGUGAUUAAUAAAGAUGUUGGGAGCUCACUUGACCCGGUUGGGGGUGACCUCAGCACACCACAUAGUUCACCCUCGCUAUGUGCUAACCAAAGCGAUGCAAAUCACACGAAUGGCACAUUCCUCCUCUAGCAUAGAAUAUCAACCCAUCAAAUCUGUUCUAGUUGCUAAUAGAGGUGAAAUUGCUAUAAGAGUCUUUAGAGCCUGCACAGAAUUAGGCAUUCGAUCUGUUGCUGUAUACAGUGAGCAAGAUAAAAUGCACAUGCAUAGACAAAAGGCAGAUGAAUCAUACAUCAUUGGGCAAGGCCUUGCACCCGUAGAUGCUUACCUAUGUAUCCCUGAAAUUAUCCGUGUGGCCAAGGAGAAUGACGUAGAUGCUAUCCAUCCUGGUUAUGGCUUUCUUUCCGAGCGCUCAGACUUUGCACAAGCUUGUUAUGAUAAUGGUGUACGUUUCAUUGGUCCAUCACCAGAGGUUGUGCAAAAGAUGGGAGAUAAGGUGGCUGCUAGACAGAUGGCAAUCAAUGCAGGUGUUCAGGUUGUCCCAGGAACUGACGAACCAGUAACAACAACUGAAGCAGCAUAUAAUUUCUGUGUUAAAUAUGGGUUACCUGUCAUGCUGAAAGCUGCUUAUGGAGGUGGAGGGCGUGGUAUGAGAGUCGUUAGGGAGUUGGCAGAUGUAAAAGAAAGUUUUCGUCUAGCAUCUUCUGAGGCCGAAGCAGCAUUUGGAAAUGGUGCCAUGUUCAUAGAAAAGUUCAUUGAAAAGCCUCGCCACAUUGAACUUCAGGUUUUGGGAGAUAAGGCUGGAAAUGUUGUACAUCUGUUUGAGCGUGACUGCUCUGUACAGCGCAGACAUCAAAAACUGGUGGAAGUAGCUCCAGCUCCCAACCUGGAUCAAAAGGUUCGUGAAGCAAUGGCAGCUGAUGCUGUUAAACUGUGCAAAAGUGUAAACUAUGAGAACGCUGGCACUGUAGAAUUUUUACUUGAUAAUCGAGGAAAUUAUUAUUUUAUAGAAGUAAAUGCUCGCCUUCAGGUUGAACAUACUGUCACAGAGGAAAUCACUGGGAUUGAUUUGGUACAGUCUCAGAUCCGCAUCACAGAAGGUAUGACGCUCCCCGAGCUUGGCAUGACCCAGGAUAAAAUUAUUCCACAAGGCUGUGCAAUUCAGUGCCGUGUAACGACAGAAGAUCCUGCCAAGGGUUUCCAGCCAGACACUGGUAGAUUAGAGGUAUUCCGAAGUGGUGAAGGAAUGGGCAUUCGUCUUGAUGGUGCUUCUGCCUAUGCUGGAGCAAUCAUCUCUCCAUAUUAUGAUUCGCUGCUCAUGAAAGUCAUUUCAAGAGCAUCUGACUUGCAUGCCUCUGCUGCUAAAAUGAAUCGUUCCCUCCGUGAAUUCAGAAUACGUGGCGUGAAGACCAACAUUCCAUUCCUCCUCAAUGUGUUGGAGAAUCAGAAGUUCCUCAAUGGUACCAUAGACACCACUUUUAUUGAUGAACACCCUCAGCUCUUCCAGUUUCAACCAAGCCAGAAUCGUGCACAAAAGCUUCUUAAUUAUCUUGGAAAUGUUCUGGUUAAUGGUCCAUUAACUCCUCUUGCUACAGGCCUUAAGCCAGCUGAAAUAUAUGCUGUAGUCCCAGGAACCCUUCCUGGUACAGUUCCUCCAAGGGGUUUUAAGGAUGUCCUUGUUGCUGAGGGACCAGAGGGCUUUGCUAAAGCUGUGAGAAACCACAAAGGACUCCUGCUAAUGGACACUACAUUCAGGGAUGCCCAUCAGUCCCUCCUUGCUACACGAGUCCGUACUCAUGACCUCCUAAAGAUCUCUCCAUUUGUGUCACAUAACUUCAACACACUCUAUUCACUAGAAAAUUGGGGAGGUGCCACUUUUGAUGUAGCUCUUAGGUUCUUGCACGAAUGCCCUUGGGAACGAUUGGAAUCUAUGCGGAAGCUUAUCCCUAAUAUUCCUUUCCAAAUGCUCCUCAGAGGUGCCAAUGGUGUUGGAUACACAAGCUAUCCUGAUAAUGCUGUGUACAAGUUCUGUGAGCUAUCAGUAAAGGCAGGAAUGGAUAUCUUCAGAGUAUUUGAUUCUCUCAAUUAUCUACCAAAUCUUGUGCUUGGAAUAGAUGCUGUUGGUAAUGCAGGUGGUGUUGUUGAAGCAGCAAUUUCAUAUUCUGGUGACAUCUCUGACCCCAGCAAGAAAAAGUACACCUUGGAUUAUUAUAUGAAGCUAGCCGAUGAGUUGGUUAAAGCAGGGAUACAUGUUCUUUGUAUCAAGGACAUGGCUGGACUGUUAAAGCCACGAGCAGCAAAACUGCUCAUAUCUCGCCUGCGAGAGCGUUAUCCAGACCUACCCAUUCAUGUUCACACUCAUGACACAUCUGGUGCUGGUGUUGCUUCUAUGUUGGAAUGUGCCUAUGCUGGUGCUGAUGCUGUUGAUGUUGCUGUUGAUUCUAUGUCGGGCAUGACUUCUCAGCCCUCCAUGGGUGCUGUUGUUGCCAGUUUAAUGGGACAUGAACUAGACACAGGGAUGAAUUUGAAUGAUGUCAGUCAGUACUCUGCCUUCUGGGAACAAACUCGUACACUUUAUGCUCCAUUUGAAUGUGCAGUAACCAUGAAGUCUGGUAAUGCAGAUGUUUAUCAGAAUGAAAUACCAGGAGGCCAGUAUACCAAUCUCCAGUUCCAGGCAUUCUCCCUUGGAUUGGGUGAUCAGUUUGAGGCUGUGAAGAAAGCAUAUAGAGAAGCAAAUCUUCUUCUUGGAGAUUUGAUCAAGGUAACACCAUCAUCAAAAGUAGUAGGAGACUUGGCUCAGUUCAUGGUACAGAACAAACUGUCUGCUGCAGAUGUUGAAGCAGGGGCAGAGAAUCUUAGCUUCCCCAAGUCUGUCAUAGAAUUUGUCCAAGGAUACUUGGGUGAGCCUUAUGGAGGAUUCAGUGAACCACUUCGAACAAAGAUGCUGAAGGGUUUGCCAACAGUAAAGGGACGUCCUGGAGCAACGAUGGCUCCUUUAGACUUCGCUGCAAUUAAAUCUAAACUCUCUGAAGAGCAUGGCCCACGUAUAACUGAGUAUGAUGUUCUGAGUUAUGCUAUGUAUCCUAAGGUAACUGAAGACUUUCUCUUCUUCUGCAACAAGUAUGGUCCUGUCGAUAAACUUGACACUCGCAUCUUCCUUACUGGCCCCAAG